AUGGAGGAAAUCUUUAAAUCCUUCUGGGAGACCAAACCAUGGUGCAUGCUUUUCGCUGACGAUAUAGUUUUGGUCGCAGAAACUAUGGAAGAGGCUAAUAGUAAAUUGGAAGAGUGGAGGAAAGCCUUAGAGGGUAAGGGGUUGCGCAUAAGCCGUACAAAGACAGAAUACUUGCGAUGUGACUUUAGUUGGACACAAUCGAUAAGUGAGCCAGAGGUCACCAUAGAGGGAGAAGUUGUUGCAUGUACUUCCAAGGUUAAAUAUUUGGGAUCGGAUAAGAAACCAGGAAUUCAGGGAAAAGUUUGGGGUUGCACCUCUCUCUGCAAAGAAGCGGGAGAACAAGUUAAGAUGGUUUGGGUAUGUGCAGAGAAAGACCCAUAA